CGAGUUAACACACUGUCAUUUUUUUGUUCCUAUCUACUGUCCGUACCUCGAUACUCGCUCGGUUCAUAAUUGGUUCUUUUUGCCUUGUUACUCGGGCCAGCGAUGUGAUCGGCCUAACACCAGACCGCCCGAAACCGGUCAAUGAAUUCAAUCCAGCAACAACUUCACAAUGAUGCCGAACGCUAAACCCUCAAUGUUACCUCUCGUGCUAUCCAAAAGCGCCCGCAAGGGUCUACAUCCUACCUCCAAGCGCCUAAAGACAUCCCUUCAAACCCGCAAGAUUUGGAGAGGCGCCAGCCAGGAUCAUUACCAUAAACGUGAACAGAGACGAAUGAGAAUUCAUCGACGCUUUGAUUUGUUUACGCUGUGGGGGAGGCCUGCUCACCCAUGGCCGGCACAAAUCUAUAAUCGUCAUCCUCGGUGGUGGAAGUGGGAGAGAACGUGGGAACGACCUAACCCAGAUAUGCCCGAACAGAAAAGAGGAACAUACUCCCAGAAACAUCCUUGGGGUGAGGAGGGAGCUCGAAUGCACAAGAGAAUAGCACAGAUCAGGAAGGAAAUCGAGACCGAUCCUUAUGGAGCACUGUUUGGACGAAGGCUUGAACCGUUCAGUGCCUUUAACAAAUUCGAAGAUACUUGUGCAUCCCUCUAUCGCUCCUUAUUUGGUCUUGAUAAACCUGAGAGCACCGGGUCAACGGACACAACGGCACGUUCAAAACCAUUCAAGAAUGGUUCUGCAGAAAAUCCGGAGACAAAAGCUUCAUGGCCAAGAGGAUCAGGAAAUGAAGGCGGCGUUGGGAACGUUUCACAAAAGAGCACCAGUCGAUAUGAAUUUGACCCUAUUAGCGGUCGCAUGGUACCCAAGAAACACAGACCGGCUGAUGUGGUUACAGAAAAAAGACCUGCUAGUGGGGGAGGCUCACCAAAUAAACCUACCAAGGACCCAGGACAACAUACGAAAAGCACAGGUUACCUGUCGUCCAUGAACCGGACAGUCAUCAAACCCAAAGCUCCGUCAGUGGAUAAUGUCAACUCAGGUGUUUCUCCACUGGAGCCAAAGCUGGAAAAGAGCCCAGAGAAUCAAAUUGGAUCAGAACAAACCUCUGUGGCUUCCUGUAAAACAGACAGUGGGCGGCCUGAGCCUCCCCGGGAAGGUAACUGGCUUGGAAACACCACCGUGACAUCCGAAAAAGAAACCGAAGAUCACGGAUCCCCAUCUGAAAUAACCUCCAAUGCAGACCAAACCAAGAACGUCGAACCUAGAUGUCCUGAUUCCUCAAAGGCCGCUUCUCAACAUGAUUUACCAUCGGAAGAGCUGGACCUCCUACAAGCCAGUGAUAUCCGUUCUCGCUAUGCUUCUAGGAAAUUCGAGAAGGCUUCUGAGAUGCAGGAUCAAAUGCAAAAUGAGUCGAAUGGGGUCUCGAAUGUAUCUGCUUAUGCGACCAGCGAUAUCGAUGCUCAAAAUUUUCGCAGACGACCUGAAGCCCAUGAACAAAAGCAGCAUCUGGACACGGCCGCGUCCAAUUCGAAGACUCCAAGUCAAACAAGUUCUAGUGACACUACAGAAUCCCAGCAUUCCGAGAAAUUCAAUCACGCACAGCCAUUGUGUCCAAGCAAUUCUCAAUAUGCAGAAGCAUACCGAGUCCUUGCUUACGAUCCCUCUACUCUGCAAAUAAAACGUGCGGAGGCAAGUACCUCUUUGAAUCGAACGAAUAAAUCUUGUCACCCUAGCGAAGUUCUUUCUCGGUUAAACAAUCCAGCAAAAUUCUUACCAUAUUUUGAGGAGAUGCAUGCUGAUGGCUAUGAAAUUGCGUCGGGUGGUGGAGAUAUACUGGUGUUCAGAAGGUCAUUCGAGAAACCAGAGUAUACUGGGUCUUCUCUUAAGAAACUGGCAAGCGAGGCACAGGAAAUUAAAGCACAAUUGAGAAACGAGCCCCUGCUUGACGAGGACUCUCUAAGAGGGCCGAGAUCUGUCUCCGAACAAUACCAAACGCAUGAUGCCAAUGAUGGUGUUUCUGCCAAUUUGUCAAGGUCACCUGCGUCGGAUGAAAGGUUUCCACGGAGAAGCAAAACCGACUCCUCCGAAGGCAAAUCUACGAUCGGUAGCGCAGUUCGAAGAAUGUUCUUCAGUGGUGCCGCAACAGCAGCAACGUGCUACGCUAUUGGUGUUGUUGUUGAAUACUUUCGUACCGGAGGCGAAGAUGGAUUGGGGAUUGACGCAUUUACCGAAUUUGAGUCUGAGAGACGCCGGAGGGAUAAGGGCUGGACUGGCUAGUCCUUCGGCCGAAGACUGCACUUUUACUUUUGGUUCUAGGCAAAAUCUGUGCUCAAUAAUAUGUACUCCUCUCCCUGUGAAUAAAU